AUGGGGUUUCCACGGCCGGCUCGGCCGGUCAUUCUGGCCAUCCUCCUCUUGUCGCUGGCCGCGCAUUCCACGCAGACUACUUACGACGAGUUUCUGGACAAUAUCGAGAGCGUUCUUAACGGGUCCAAGCCCGUCGGCAAGAUUGACUCCAUGCUGUUCACGCAGGCUAAUCGGUAUAACCUGGCUACCAACAAUAAAGCCAAGGCCAAAUCCGCCUCCCACAGGUCGCCGUUCCGCAGUAACUCGAUCCGCGGCUCCUCCGCGUCAGACCCUGGCGUCGACAGUAGCAGCGGCAGUAUCGGCGGGGAUACCGGCGGCAGUGUCAGUGGCAGUAGCGGCAGCAGCGUAGGCUUGAUCUCGCGUUUCUUUGGUUAUUUCUUCGGCGUCCGCACCACCAGCGCGACAACAUCGGGGUUUCCCCAACGCGGUCCGCCGUUGUCCGUCUACCAGACCGGCGUGCAAUGGCUGAGCAGCAGCGCGGCAGGCAGCAAAUCGAACCGUGCUAAGUUAAACACGUUACUGAAGCUGCUGGGUCAGCCCAGCCUUGAUAAGGCUCUGGGUAAAAAACAAUCCGCUUUUUUCAUACCCGCGGAUUCGAAUGUUACGCUGGAGGCGGCGGGGAUUACAAACCUUACGGCUGCGCAAACUACAGUGCCUAGCACUGUACCGACACCGGCGCAAGUUUCCGGGCAGAGUUAUGCGAUGAGUUACGGUCAGAGUUAUGCGAUGAAUUCAGGGUCGGUUGGGGUGCUGCACGACGAUGAUGACGAGGAGCGGAGAUGUCGAGGCGGGCGACAGUAUCGAAUCGAAUGCCACGAUGACGACGAGGAGGACGAUGACGAACCAAUAUGCGUCGAGCCGACUGGGAGAGUGCGGAUUAUUAAAUACACGUCCCCCGAGAACAUCUCUUACGUGCUCCUCCGAGCCAAGAGCAAGUGCUUGCCCGAUGUGCGCAAGGUGCAGAUCCGCAAUGCUGUUUAUGGGAAGACAGGGAAUCUUGUUUUGGAAAUCCCGGGUUCAUGGCGGCUUGUGGACCCCAUUGAAAUCGAGCUGGUCAAGCACACCUUGAUCGCUAAUGCGAGCAGCGUGAUUGUUGCGAACGGGCAGACCUUGGAGAAGGCAGUUAUUACCAUCACUAAGGCGCCGUGGAACUACUACGCUAUCUUCACCACAGGAGCCAAGAAGAACGGGGCAAUCAGGGGCCAGUUGUGGAAGCCCUUUUGUCCCUGGUGUGGGAACUUCACAUUCACUGGAACAUAG